CAAACGUGUGCGAGGAAGGAUCGAAACAACCUCGGAUUAUUUAUAGCCAGCGACAACUCAGUGAGCGACUUUGCCUGUCGAUAUAUUCAUCGUAUUAAAUAUAGCCUACGAGCGCCUUCAAUAAAUCAAAAGUAAACUCGCCCGUAUAUGUAGGAAUAAUGAAAACGGCUGUAUAGGCUGUGGAUACAUCGUGUUUUUUUUCAAUGAGUUCUCACAUCGUCACCCCAGGUCCAUACAGGGCCACUAAACUGUGGAAUGAAGUGACCAAGCUUUUCCGGGCAGGAAUGCCUUUGAAGAAGCACAGGCAGCACUUGAGGGUUUACUCGAGCUGCUUCACCGCAUCAGCAGCUGUGGACUGGUUACAUGAACUCUUGAAGAACAACAGCAAUUUUGGACCUGAGGUCACCCGACAGCAGACAAUCCAGCUGCUGAAAAAGUUUUUGAAGAACCAUGUUAUUGAGGAUGUGAAGGGUAGAUGGGGCAUGGAAGACCUGGAGGACAACAGCCAGCUUUACAGAUUUCCAUCUACAUCUCCACUGAAGCCUAUUCCUAACCGUGCCCCUGUUUUAAGGAAAAAGAGCAUGUCUAUGAUGGACAGGGAGCGUUUUUUCAAAUUCAGAGGGUCUAAGAAAUUUGACAAGGAAAUAUUGGAAAAUGUGGAUCCAGAAACUCAAGAAUCUCAAAUGGAAUCAUCCUCAGGUGAUACUGAACGCUGCAGGGAGCUCACAGAGGAGGACAUUCAAGUGAUCUGGAAGAAUGUGACCCUUACACAUUUGCAGAAGUUGGUGGGAUCAGGGUCUCUUGAAGAUGUUUUGGAUCCAGCCCAAGUCAAUCCUCAGUUCAUUAUGGAUAAUAUGACCAAAGUCAAUAAACAUGGAGUCGUUUCAUUGGAAGAUAAGACAGAAGAUUUGCCGCACUGGGUUUUGUCUGCCAUGAAAUGUCUUGCAAACUGGCCAAAGUAUGACUCAAACCAGUCAUCUUACCCAGGAUUUGAGCGGGAUGUAUUUAAAACAGUCUCUGGCUACUUCUAUGGUCUUUCUCAGCCACUGCUUACUUUUCAGUACUAUGAACUCUUUGUCAACAUCCUAGUUAUGUGUGGCUACAUCACGACACCUAAAACUCAAAGUGGAAAGCGUAAAAGCCAGGAGGAACCCAACUGUCCACAUCCAGCCAAAACUGCUGUGAAUGCAGCCAACCUGUUUAAAUCGACUGAAUGCCUCCUGCUGAGCUUAAUAAGAAAGGAGGCCUUUGAUGAAGCAGAUUCGCCCAUGAGGGAAGUUUUCAGUUCAAAAGCAGAGACUAAGUUAGAAACCCAUAGAGCGCAGCAGCCUAUUUUUAGGGGUAGAAGGGCCAGCGAUGGAGACGGGCUGGACGGUAGCUAUCUAGAAAUUCCUCAGGCUCAGAAAACAGAAGUCCCAUAUGGCAGGCUUCGGUCCAGAAGUUGCUCUCUGGAGGGAAUCAUUGAUAAAUGUUCAAAGAACAGACUUUUCAGAUCAUCUGAAAGCCUACAGUCCUGCAGCAGCGACAAAUCAUCCUCUCAAACUGAUUCUCCAGUAGACCCAAACCUCAAAUUUGAGCUUCAAGAUUCUUCAGUGUCCAAAAACCCUUGUGUUCAAACUUUCAGCAACGACACAAGCUCCCAACUCUCUUCACAAUCACAUCUUCGUCGAACCAACCAGAGGCCCGCCAGGGCCCGGCCCAGAAGCAUCGGUAACUUGCUUGACAUAGAGGAGAAUCGAGAAAUGUCUGCUAGCAGCUUUAGCAUCCACGCUCCAGUGGCUGAAAUUACCAUGAGACCAGAUUUCACAUCCAGCAUUGGCCUUAGAGGUCCUGGUUUGCACAGUUUGCAUGGAAGUUGCAUGGAUGUUAGGGCAGGUCCGAGCAUUAACAGGCGCUGUCAGAGCUCUCUGGACCUGAGCAAACCUGCACCCACUCGGCCCCCUUCGGCCCUGUUAAAACGCCACCCUGAGCAAAGUUUAUUGCAGCCUUCAUUGGAGCGAGUGGCCAUCGAGGCCCUGCAGCUCUGCACGUUACUCCUGCCGCCUGCCAGUCGCCGCAAACUACAGCUACUCUUGCGAAUGAUCUCGCGCAUGAGCCAGAACGUGGACAUGCCGCGACUGCAUGACAUCAUUGGAACACGGACUCUGUUGGUGCAAACGUUCUCUAGAUGUGUCUUAAGUUGUGAGGAGGUGGGUGACCUGGACGAGCUCUUGGCUACAAGGCUGUUAUCGUUUCUCAUGGAUCACCAUCAGGAAGUCCUGCAGGUGCCUGUGUACCUGCGCAAUGCUGUGGAAGAUCACAUCAACUAUCUCAAAUCACUGACCACAUGCGUAGGCCCUGGUGUUGCCAUGCCGACAUACUCAUUCUGCAGGCAGAUCAGCACUCAGGAGUUUGAAGAGCAGAAACUGUCUGUGUCCCAAGCUGCUCUUGCUGACCUCCUGGAAAAUCUUAUAAAGGACAAGACCAUGUCUGUAAAAGAGAAGAAAAAGAAACUAAAACUGUUUCAGAAGGAAUAUCCUGACAUCUACUUGAGACGUUUUCCCACAACAGAGAGUGAAGCUCAGCUUUUUGCAGAUAAACCAAAGAUAAAACCUCCAAUGCUGUUAAGCCUCAAGAAACCAAAAACCUUCAGUAUUCGAAACUGAAUACCUCUUAAAAACCUCAUGAAUGAAUGAUAUUUUGGGAGAUGAGUUUAAAGACAUUUAGCUGAUCUUUUGCCAUAACAUUGGAUCGCAUCAGAAUCUGAACUGUAACUUCAAUUGAAGUGUUGUUUUUAUGUUUCUUGUGGUAUUUCUCUCCCGUGAAGUGACUUUUAAUGGUCUUUUCCCCCCAGUUUUAAUACAAAUGUCAGUUUUAAUGUUAUUUAUUUGAGGUGUGUGAUUUGUUGUAAGUUAUUGGGAGCUUUCAGUCAUUCGUAUUGUAGUAGUAAGUACAAAACUCAGAGGACCCACAGCAAAUAAACAGCUUGACAUACUGUUUACAUGGAGUCUCC